AUUUUAUUAGUUAUCGCGUCGUAUUUGUUUCUACUCUCGGCCACUUUCGGCACUUUCUUAAAUACAAUUUAUUUAGUAAAUUUUCAAAAUAUAGGGAAUUGUGUUUUUUUGUAAACAAGCGAUUUAAUGUGCUAAUAUUUUUACAAUGCCUUUAAUUUAUUCGGUACUAACACUUUAUAGGUUAUAGAAUAAUUUGCAUACCUACAAGAAGAUAUAGAUUAUUGUAAAAAAUCUAUAAAUUUUGUCAAAACAGUGUUUAUAAGUUGUCUGCUGUGUGAAAGUCUUGUAUAAGAAUUAACGAUGGGUCUCAUUAUCUCAAGAUUUCGCCGCAAGAAAACGACUAAAGACAUACUAGAAGAGCUAGAAACGAAAAUCAAAAGAAUAGAAAAAGAUGGCGAAUACAAAGAGCAAACACAUAAACGAGUUAUUGGGAUGAUAAUGGUUAAUUCAGUUGGACUGUAUGUGCUGUUUGCGUUGCUCUACUACUUCAUAUAUGUAGGCAAGAGUCAGUACUGGGUACAUUCGCUGAUGUAUGCCUCUCCGUUACUAUUGCUUCCAGUUUUGGUGAUAUUCCUUCGCGCAGCAAUAUCAUCGUACUACAACUGGAGUUUGAAUAAGAAUAGAGUGAAGUUGUCCAAGAUGAGAGAGGAAAAAAAGAAAAUUUUGGAGGAAGUCAUGGAUACAGAGACUUAUAAGGUUGCGAAAGAGAUCCUAGAUAAGUAUGGUACACCUGAUGAACAGUCAAAAGCCUUGAAGCCAUUCCCACCGGCCAUAACUGCACCAAGUCUUCCUUCGACCCCAAUACAACAGAAGCAAAGGCAGUUAGCGAUGCUGACGUCGACGCCAAGGAACAUGCACAUGGUACCAGCCACGCCUGGUGCCAUUCUUAACGGACCUCGUCUAAGGUCGGAUCAGCUGCCACGCCCAUUACCGGACUGUAAUAGGUCGGCGUUGGACAAAGUUGUGGACUAUUUGCUUAAAGACGGACCGAACUUUAGGAUGGCACUCGUUUGCUCUGAGUGUUUAUCUCAUAAUGGUAUGGCGAUGAUCGAGGAGUUUGACUAUGUGUCAUACAAAUGUGCGUACUGUGGUCGGCUCAAUCCAGCAAGGAAGCAGCGACCGGCCGCGCCCGCCUUGUGUUCACCGCCCGCCCUUACUUUUAAUAAUGGUACACUUGGUGGUGGUGAUGACUCAUCCCUUGCAUCUUCUGGUACUGAGAGUGAAGAGGAAAGAGAAAUCGAUAAACGCACUGACACUGAAGAAACAGAUCGUCCACCCUCACCGGUUGAGGGGGAGCCGAAAUCUGAAGAAGAGAAGAAACAAGACUGAUUGUUCAUCGCCAAUUCGAUAAAUCGAUUCGAUAUUUAAGCAUUUCGCUUGCGAAACAUUUGAAAAUAUUUUUUAUUAUCGAUGUGUAAAUAUUUUUUUUUUUUGAAAAAUUGAAGAUUUUCUAAAAAGGAUCUUAAAGAAAAUCAAUAUAUGCAUAAUGAUUCGAGAAAUUUUAGAUUUAUACAGAUACAAAAAUAAUCAUAAUUGUGUCUUAUUUUGUUGGUGAAAUCUUGAGAGAUGUUUUGGCACGUCGGAAUUUAAAUUCAAAGGCAAUAUUAAAUUAAACUAAAAUUUACAAAUUGUAAAAAUAUAAGCUAAAUGCUUUAAUUGUAUCAAUUUUUCAUAGAACAUAGGUUUUUUUGCAUAGGGUAACAUUAUUUUUGAAAAAAAAAUCGCAUUUCGUUCAUACAUUGAAGAGUUAUUCGUGUCUUUAAACUAAUUGUUCUAUGAGAAAAUGAUAUGGGGUUUGAAUUAUUUGUUUGUUAUUGGGGUUUAUAGUCUAAUUGGUCGAAUUAUUUAAUUUAUUCAUUGUUUUACGGAGUGGUAAACAUGUGCCUUUCUAUUUAAGAGGUAAAAUUUUAGUUCCACGAAGAGAGAUAUUCAAUAUAACCGUCUCUUUCACAUAGUAUACUGUAGUAAGAGACAGCCAAUUUAUGAGAGCGUUGAGAUAAGAUUGUUUCAUAUAACUAUCUCUUUAAAAUAGUAUUCUGUAGUAAGAGACAGCCAAUUUAUGAUAGCAUAGAGAAAAGAUUGUUUCAUAUAACUGUCUCUUUCACAUAGUAUUCUGUAGUAAGAGACAGCCAACUUAUGAGAGCGUAGAGAAAAGAUUGUUUCAGGUAUAUGCGAACACUUUUCGCAAUAAAUGACGUGACGAAUCAUCUACCAUAAAUAAAAGUUUUCUCUAGACUCUGUUUCGUCUGUUAAUUUUUACACUUUACACUUUAAUUUGCAUACAUAAUAAUUUUUUCGUGUACAUGUGAUUUCUAGUGGUGUGUAUUUUAAUUGUUAAAAAAUGAAAAUUAAUAAACUUAUUCUAAAUAUUUUACCCCUUAAAUAUGCUUAACAGGUUUUUAAAGACUCGGAGAUAUAAUACACAUAGAUAAUCUUUAUUGGUAUAUCUUUUAAAUCGAUUUUUUGUCGCCGCAUAUUACAUUGAACAUAACAUAAUUUACAAUGAUUUUGCAUUUAAUACAUUUUAAAGAAAAGCAUUACGAAUCAUGACAAGAAGAAUGAUGGUUCUCGGAAUCCGUUUAUAAAAUAUUAUAUCCAUACUUCAUCUGGGGCUUGAGGCGUGAACCACUACCAAAGGAAUAUGUUAAAAAUGUCACUCAGGCGUGGUCACGUGAUCAUUUCCAUACAAAUUCGUUUGGCGUUAGUGCCACCAGACGUAGAUCUAAGAAAAGCGAGUUUAUUUACAGAAAAACUUAUAAAACAAUAUUGGUAUAAAAAUAUACGCAGCUCAAUAUCGUUGUGUAUUUUAAAAUACAGCUGUCUCUUUCGUUUUGUAUGUUAAAAUAAGGAACGGAUAAUUCUGUUUUAUAUCUCCCAGUUUUUAGUUGACCAAUACAAGUGUUCUUAAUGUAAAGAGCAAUCGCGAGCAUUUUGUAAUCGCAUAAAAUGUCAUUAGAUUUAAUUAUUUAUUGUUAUGUUUAUUUAAUUUUAAGGUCUUCUGAAUCUUCCUAGUUAUAGUUAGAGAAUUGUCAAAGGUUGAAAGUGUCAUGUUAAAUAGUUUUUUUCUAAAAGUGUAACAGCAAAUAUACGCGAAUAACGAGGUCCAUGGGCUGACAUCUGUGCAAUGAUUCUAGCCAAAUAAUUUCCGUAAACUGUUGUUAAUUUAUUUGAAAAAGAUUUUAUUAUUAUUAUUGGAUAUUGCUUGAAUUUGAUUGGUCGACACGGAUUAAAAAGCUUAAAGGUUUACAAUCUAUGGUAACCAUGAUGGCGCCUUUAGAUUAGUUAUAUAUAUCCGAUUACAGUCGUACAAUCCGUCUUUUCGUUUGACUAAUCACAAACAAAUGAAACGCGCCGUCACGCCGUCUUUUGUUUUAAAUUUUUAUUUUGUUUUAAAGUUCAUUUUGUUCUAAUAAUGAUUUCAACCUUCCACAAUUUCUAGGGCUUACUACUUAAUCAUCCCAAUAUUAACGUUUCGAUUGCUUGUGAAAAUGAGAGAAAUAUACAUAUUAUUUUGGCGAAUCGUUAUUACUAUGGAUGGUCGUGUUUUUCUUCCUUAGAAAAGAUCCAACCGUUUUACGCUAGUUUCUUAAAUGUACGACGUCAUUGUAUAUAUCCCAGUGACCAUUUGAUAUAGAAUGAAAAAAAAUCUAUAAUCUGCAACUGAAAUCGUCAAAUAUAACCACGAAAAAAAAUAUCAAAAAAAAAAAUUCAAUGCUUCACGGCACAACGAUGCUGCUCUAGAACAAUCUAUGGUAAAAUGACAUGUCUACGGCCAUUUGUAAUAUAACGAUUUUAAGCCAAUCAAAAGUUUAUUCAUUUAAAAAUACAUCUAUACUCAAAAUAUUGUCUAGUCAAUUAUAGAAUUGCAUUUUUAUAACAAUCGAAUUCCCUACAUUCCUUAAUUUAUUCUGACAUAAAAUACAUGUGCUGACGAACAAAUGCCAUCAUUUUUAUUUUUAAAUUAAUGACUUUUUAUGUGUAAAUUUUCCCGCUUAAAAGUUUAACAUCCUUCCGUGUCAAAUGAUUUCGAAGUUGACUGGCAUUGUCUAAAUGUAAAGGUUACUUAAAUAUAGAGUUUAUGUUAAUGUGGUCUUGAGUACUGUAUAUACAUACAAUAAAGUACAGUUCUAAGGAUUAGCUUUGAUUCCAUGUAGAAUACGCACCUAUACCAGAUCGAUGAAUCUCGACUAUAUCGUGGCUAUAAAAUAAGGAAAUUUGAAUAAAAAUAUUGGCAUAUGAUUGUUUGCGCACUUUUGUUUUGAUUAUCAGUUUUAGGACUAACAUAUUUUGUGUGCAAUUUGUUUUGGUACAUCGAACAUUUGUAUUUAUUUCAUUAAACAAUAUGAUAUAAGA